CCCAUCCCCCACGAUCGGUUCCUUCGACCUCGCCGCGGUUUGUUUUUACCCUUGUCCCUCCCCAUUCCUCGGGGACUCCAUUGGUGCUGUGCGCGGGCGCUUUGCUUGGCACUCGGCUAGUGUAUGCAUCUAUAGUUCUAUGAUGAGCGCUAUCGGUGUGUCACCCACGAAAUUUGUUGACUCUUCUGAAGCUGCUAUAGUGCUAUUGCUAUCGUAGCUUUCAAUGCAGAUGCCUUUAAGUGUUGUAAAACAGCCGUAGAAAUGCAACUUCCAGAUGAUGUCUUGUUUGUAGAAUUUUUGACAAAGUUGAUUUUAGGUAUGAAUAGUAAAUUUGCCUCGCUUGAUAUAAGUAUCUUUUUUCAUUUGCCAGGCAAGAACCACAUUACAUUCAGGUGGGUGCUUUUCCCUUUGCUGAUUCCAUAAUAAACUGAGAACGAGUGAGAUUCUUCGCAACACAGAUCCAUCUGGAUUUUUAGACAGGGAAAAUGAGAUGAAAGCCAUGCUAUGCUCAAUAUGGUGAGUAGUAUCUUGGAUCAUCCGUCUGGUUCAAUGGUCUAACAUGAUCCAAUCUGUGUAUCAUCAGACUUGAGAUUUUAGUAUUGUUCGAAGUCUAUAUAUGAUGUGGAUUAUUUUUUAUUUUCAUAAUUUGUUUGCUCCAUGGAGGAUUCAUAAUUCUAUUGGUAGUGUCGAACUCACAGCUUAGUUGUUUUAUGAUAAUUGUAAUGUACAAGUAUGUUUCUAAUGAUUUUGAACUAUUGGUGCUACCGCGCCAUGGAUGCUAUAACUUUUCCAUCGCAAAACUUUAUGUUAGAUUCUUUUCUUGCAUAUUAAGAUGUGGUGAUGCCAUAACCAGAGAUUUGUCGUAUUUCAAGUCCUACCUCAAAAGGCAUGAUCCUGGCAUUUCCUUGAGAAAAAGGAGCAAGUGAGCAAAAAUGGCCUCGAGGGCUAUCAUCAGGAGGCGGAAGGACAUUCUCCGGCACACUAGUGUGCCUAUUUUAUCCUCAUUACCCACUAACACAACUGGGCAAGAAAAAAUUGGAUGUGAGAUUGAUCAGAGAUCCGUAUGUUUGUUUUCAGAGGACAGUUUAGCUUAUUCUGAUCAUGCUAAGGUGCAGUAUACUUUGAGUAAGCAAAAUCUUUGUGGCCUCAGUAGUGGUUUCACAUGUCGCCCAACUUGUGGGGUUUCUCUUACCACUUAUGGCUCUAGAGCACAAAACUUUGUGUUCCCCUUGGGAAUCAGGUGUUUCCUCCAGUUAGUGCGCACCACAUCAAACACAGCUGGCCAACCUCAAGUUAAUAUUAUGGGCAAGCAGAGUGAGGAUGAUAAGAAGAAGCAACAAAAAAAGGAGGCCUCCCCAGAAGAAUGUGAUCAGGCAGUGGAAGGAUUAAGCACUGCAAAAGCAAAGGCUAAAGCUAAGCUGGAGGAAGUGCAAAAGACUGACCAAUCAAUCAUACAGAAGUUCUGGGCGAAGCUUCUGGGUAUUGGCCCUGCUUUGAGACUUGUUGCUUCAAUGAGCAGAGCUGAUUGGGCUGCAAAGUUGAAGCACUGGAAGGAUGAAUUUGUUUCUACACUGCAGCAUUAUUGGUUGGGCACUAAGUUGCUCUGGGCAGAUGUUAGAAUCUCAUCAAGACUGUUAGUCAAACUUGCUAAUGGAAAGAGCCUUACAAGGCGAGAGAGGCAACAGCUCACACGUACAACAGCAGAUCUGUUCAGGCUAGUACCUUUUGCUGUGUUUAUUAUUGUUCCGUUCAUGGAACUCUUGCUGCCAGUGUUCCUCAAGUUGUUCCCAAACAUGCUGCCAUCCACUUUCCAGGACAAAAUGAAAGAAGAGGAGGCACUAAAAAGGAAAUUGAAAGCAAGGAUGGAAUAUGCAAAAUUUUUACAAGAUACUGCAAAAGAAAUGGCAAAGGAAGUUCAAACAUCACGUAGUGGAGAAAUGAAACAGACCGCUGAAGAUCUGGAUGAGUUUUUGAAUAAGGUUAGGAAAGGUGGACAUGUCUCCAAUGAAGAAAUUUUGAACUUUGCUAAGCUAUUUAAUGACGAGCUGACUUUGGAUAACAUGAGCAGACCUCGGCUAGUAAAUAUGUGUAAAUACAUGGGGAUCCAACCUUUUGGUACAGACCACUACUUACGAUUCAUGCUUCGAAAGAAGCUACAAGAAAUUAAGAAUGAUGACAAGAUGAUUCAAGCUGAGGGUUUGGAGUCUCUUUCUGAAUAUGAGCUUCGACAAGCUUGUCGUGAACGAGGUCACCUUGGCUUGUUGUCAACCGAGGAGAUGUGCCUAGAGCUCAGAGACUGGUUGGAUCUAUCACUCAAUCAUUCUGUGCCGUCAUCUCUUCUAAUACUCUCAAGAGCUUUUACUGUGUCUGGGAGAAUGAAACCUGAGGAGGCUGUUGUAGCAACCUUAUCUUCUCUGCCAGAUGAAGUUGUCGAUACAGUUGGGACUGUACUGCCUUCUGAAGAUCCUGUUUCUGAGAGGAAGAGAAAAUUGGAAUUUCUGGAGAUGCAAGAGGAACUUAUCAAGGAAGAGGAGAAAAGGCAAGAGAAAGAAGAGAAGGCGAAAUUGGAGGAGCCAAAGGCUAUUGAAGCAGAUUUGGCUCUGAAAGAAAUGAUUGAGCCUACUGCUAGGGAGGAAGAGGAAGUAAAGAAAGCUAAAACGCAUGAUAAGAAAGAGCAACUUUGUAAUAUCAGUCAAGCAUUGGCUGUGCUUGCAUCUUCUUCUUCUGUUACCAAGGAGCGCCAGGAGUUUUUAAGCCUUGUGAACAAGGAGAUAGAACUAUAUAACAACAUGCUUGCGAAGGUGGGUACAGAUGGUGAAGAAGAAGCCAGGAGAGCAUACAGGGUUGCUAGGGAGGAAUCAAACCAUGCUGCGGAGGCAGCUGUGGGAGAAAAGGUUUCUUCAGCAUUGAUAGAUAGGGUUGAUGCUAUGCUUCGAAAGUUAGAAAAGGAGAUUGAUGAUGUUGAUGCUCGAAUUGGCAAUCGCUGGCAGCUGCUGGAUAGGGACCGCGACGGCAAAGUGACUCCUGAGGAGGUAGCAGCAGCAGCAAAUUAUCUCAAAGACACCAUAGGGACAGAAGGUGUCCAAGAGCUUAUCAGCAAUCUUUCCAAAGACAAGGAGGGGAAUAUCCUUGUGGAAGACAUUGUGAAAUUGGCAUCACAAACAGAGGAAAACAAUGAACAUGAAGAAGUGCCACGAUGAUGUGAACAGCAGGCACAUUCUUGGCUGUCAGAACUCAGCGGUCAAUUCAUUUUCGAGGGAAUUGACCCAGUGAGCUCAAGGCAGUUUCAUUCGUAGAUCAAAACUUCAAAAGGCUGAACGGUCACUUUUUGUUCCGAUUGGCUGGUGCUGAGAAAGUUGUCCAGUAGCAUAGCUUCUUGUUACUCUAUAACGUUACAUUCAUACAUUAUUUGUUUUUAUAACAUACAUUCACAGUUAGCACCGGUGCUGAACACCAGGUAGAGGGAUUCUUGAGGUAAAAUGGCAACUGAAAUUUAAAAAGGUUGCCAUGGAAAUGGAAAUAAGCUUAAUGGAGCAGUUCGAUCUUUAUCUAUAAUAUGAAUAAAAAGUAUAGUAACUGAUUAAGUAUA